AUGGCGCGCAAAAAGGGCAAGAACAAGCGCGCUGCCAGAGCAACGCCCCGCCGCGCACCGCCAACGCGCUCGUGGGCGCAGGAGGAGGCCGCGACGCCGACACCCAAGUUCUCGCUCGCCGACGAGGCCCGCUGGACGUCGGGCCACCGCUCCACCGCCUUCGACUCAGCGACGAAGCUCCGUCGCCUGCCCAUCGCCUUCGUCAGCGCCGGCUGUCUGGAGGGCUCCAUCAAAGAGAAGGCGCCGCCGGUCGAGCCCGCCGCGCCUUCCUCGCCCUCCCGCUCACCUUCUCCCGCUCCCUCGCCAGCCGCCCGCAACACGGCGGCCAUGGCGCACAUGACGAUUCGUAGCCCGUCGUCCUCUGCCUCCUCCGUGGCAAGCGGCGAAGAGGUGGUCGUCUUCCGAGGCCGCGCCCACAACCCGCCCACGCAAGCAGCCCCUUCGGCUCCGGCGCCUGCAGCACCCAUUGCCCCUUCCCCCGAGCAAGAUGACUCACGGCGCACCCCGGCCGAAACGCCGCAGCUCACUGGCGCCUCGUCAGACGAACAGGCGUCUCUCCCCACCGAGGCACUAGCGACUAUGCCCGGGGAACCAAGCGUUUCCGCGCAGGAGCCUGCCAUCGCUCCUCAGCCCGGGUCUGAUGUCGACUCAGACACGAACAGCGUUAUCCAGCAUCACUUUGAGAGGCGUCGGGGAGGCAGGCCUAUCUGGGAGGGUCGCACGACGCCGUGGGUUUCCAGAAGCAAGCCAGGCAUCGGAUGGCUUCCUGUGCGCGACCGCCCAAACAUGGACGCCUUCUUGCGUGGUGACGUGAACCCGCAGGACGCAGCCAUGGACGACUACAUGCAGAACGUCGAAGACUUUGGAUUGAAAGAUGAAAUGGUCGCAUCUGCCGGCUUUGCGCGCCGCGAAAUGCAUCUUGACGCUGGAAGUCACAAUGACUGGGAGUCCGAUCCAGGCGAACCAGCAGCCGAAGACGGGCAGGGCGAAUGGGAUUCUGACGCCCUAGGGGAUUUUAAUCAUCUAAGUACUUCCUCCGAUGUCAUGGACACGAUUGCCCGCAUCAUCUCUAAACGCACCCGGCCUUCCGGCGUUCAGUAUUUGGCGGUGUACGAGGACUCGACUCCCGAUGACGCGCGAUGGUUUCCAGCGAGUUUCUUCAACACUCCCGCGGACCAGGAGCUGAUUCGCAAGUUCGAGGCCACUCUCCUUCAUACGCGUCGUAUGACCUCCAGCAGUGGAAGCAGCGAGAGCGGUUCAGACCUGGACGAGGAGGACAAGCUCGAGUUCGUCGACGAGACAAUUGCUAGGCUUCUACAGAAGCAGGAGGAGCUAGGCCUCGGUUCAGAAGAAGUCAUGCUGUACGGCGGUGACGCAUUCUUCGGCGGGCCGGUCAGUGCCGCAGCCUCCUCAAGGGCGUUCGAUAGGCCGAGCAAGAAACGACAGCAUCGUGCUGGAGGCGGAAGGCGUACGGAGCCAUCGUUCCCGUCUGCAGCCGCCAUGUCUGACGCACUUGAGAUGGAUCCUUACGGCGGCUUCGACAUCAUGGAUACUGAGCGACCUUCGCUGAGACCUCGAAAGAAAGGUCGGCGUAGCCAAAUGCCCCCCGAGCUGGAUGACUCCGACCUGAAUGACCAGAUUCAGGCCAGCUGGGAGGCCGAUCGGGUCAAGAAGCGAUUGAAGAAGGCAGAACGCGAAGAGCUGCGAAAGUUAGGCCUGUUGGGGCGAAAGGGCAAGGCGCCCGAUCUCAGCGUCAGGUACAAAGACGGAGUCAAUGCGGAGGACAUUCUGGACGAGAUUCGCGACUUCAUGAGCUCGGAUAUGCAGACGCUUUCCCUCCCACCUAUGGAGGCCCACCGCCGCGCAGCCAUUCAUCAGUUUGUCAGUCAUCUCGGCGUCAGUUCCAGGUCGCGUGGAGACGGCACCGAUCGCUUCACAGUCUUAUCCAAGACAAAGCGCACGAUCUACGAUGACAGUAUAUUCGAGGCAUUCAUUGAAAAGGUGAAGUUGAAGAAUCGCUGGCGCGGUCCUCCUGGUGCUGGUACGAAACAAUUCAAAGGUCCGAAGUUGCCGAAAGCGACGAAAGGUUCGAAAUCUCGCCCGGUGGUUUCCUACAAAGACGGCGAGACGGUAGGCGCCUCCGCUCCCGAGCUCGGCCCAGAGAACAGGGGCCGCGCUUUGCUUGAAAAGAUGGGUUGGAGCAAGGGCAUGGGCCUGGGUGCCCACGACAACAAAGGCAUCCUUCAUCCUAUCGCCCAUGUCGUGAAGACGAAUAAAGCAGGUUUGCAGUAGGAGGAGGCUGGUCAUGUUCCAGACGUCUCAUGGUCACGGGAAGAUUCCCCGACGUCUACGUGAUGGGUUCGUUCGAUAGACGGGCUUCUGCUUGGGGAACAGUCUGCGUUGAGCACUGCGUAUUCACAGCGUUCGGUGUUCCUUUUGACCGUACUCUAGCGUUUCGUUGUCCCCUAUCGUCACGGACUCCUUCCUUGUAGAUGUUGAGUGUAUUAUAUUUUACGGGCGAUAUGUCUCCUGGAUGGGUAGAGGCAAAUUUGCAGCAUUUUGAAGGCGUUCGGGCUGCAUGGCUGCAUUCUCUUCUAUCUGGCGAGUGUGCUGGGGGCUAUCGAACACCGAAGGGCUUCCAGAGUGGCUUUCUAAAGCUAAGAUGAAUUGACAGCUUUGCCAUCUAUAUGAUCAGACCUG